GCUUCAUUCCCCGUCUCCCUUACAAGGGCCUCCCAAUCACCUAUCUAUCGUCUCGAACAAGUUACAGCCCUUGACCAUCCAUCAACCAACCUCUUCCCAUUUGAAAGUGUGUCUGUCAUUUGCUCUUUGGUCACACUCCCCAAACCAGCUCGGAGUGUUUCGUCCGGCUUGGCACCAUUAUUCCGCUUAAGGUUGUCUCCGACUUUAUUUCAACCUCGUUUGGCGGUCUCGGCGGCAGAGCAGUCGUCUACCAGCUCUAACCACGCUGCCAAAGCAGCUCUCCCGGGCAUGUAUGAGAAGGAGCAACAUUGCUUCAGACGUCUCCAGAAUUGUCAUGUCCGGUCGCUGCAUGCCCCCCUACGAUUUGUGCCAUUCCCGGUCUAUUCCUCGAGCAAGUCGAGGUUUCUGCAGCCGCGAGCCACAAUCUGGCUCUGAAUCCAGGCUGCCCUUUCAUCUGAGCCCUCUUUCUGGUUCUUGCGCCAACCCUCACCAGAGUGCCAUCCCGCCAACUCAUCGAUUCCAGCAGCUAUCAUCAACUCAAUGUCAACCAUGCCGCGUGUCAGUGGAAAUGUCAUGGCCACACCGACACAGGAAUCCGCUCCUGCCAAACGAAAGAGGGUGAGUAAACCAAAAGUCCGGACAGGCUGCCUAACUUGGUGAGUUGAUACGAGUCCAUCUCCACCGUCGCCGACCAGAAAGCUCACUCCUUGGCAGCAAGUAAGACUUGUCCCCGCAAACCUAAAAUAGGAGGAUAAAAAAAUUGAUGGCUCCGACAAAAGCUACUACUGCCUGGUAGCUUAACUAACAUGUUCAUCGCAGAAUCAGACGCAUCAAAUGCAGCGAGGAGCGCCCUGCCUGUGUGCGGUGCACUUCGACUGGACGAGUUUGCGAUGGUUACGACAAGUCCAUGCCGACUCGUCUCGAAGAUGCCGUCGGGGCGGCCAUCAAGGAACGCUGCCUAAAAGUCUGGUCCGAUAACCAGGCCCUGCGCAUAUUGCGGCCCAUCGUCGCCGACAUCGACGGAACACAAGCAGAGCGCCUUUACUUUCAUCGGUUCCGUCGCGUAGCAGACACCGGCCUCUGCAAUCACGUCACAAACCUCACCAGUUUCUGGAGCAGGCUUGCGCCGCAGCUCAGCCAUUCUGAUGAGGCUGUGAAGCAUGCCAUCGUCGCCCUCGGCUCUGCGUACCACAUGUAUCAGACGGCACCCCCGCCCGGCGGGGACGGCGUAACGCCGCGCGAGCUCGAGAUCUUCACGAUCCAGCAAUACAGCACCGCCAUGUCCAAGCUCUCAAGCUACGCCUAUGUACCGAUGAAGGACAGGAUCACCGUCACGCUAUUGUGUUGCGUGUCGUUUGUAUGCAUCGAGACGUUGCGCAACAACUGGCGGCCGGCCCUGAUGCACCUCUCAAACGGCUUGCGCAUCAUUGAGAGCCUUCCCCUGAGCACGCUCGACAAGCUACGGGAUCCCCUGCCGCUCCAUGACAGGACAGGGGCUACAGAGAGCAUGUUGGGGAUGGAUUACAUCCUUAGACUGUUCGCCACAUGGGAGGUUUCCUGCGCGCUGUUCGCCGAGAACUUCAAGCCCGUCAUCUCCAUCAAGCUGUACGAGGGACGCGAACUGGACGACACGCCGCUGGACGAGUUCGAAACCAUCAUGCAGGCUCACCGAGCCAUUGUACAGUACACGCGCGACGUCUUCGCCCUGGUCUGGUUGACUAGGGAACAUCAAGGCGACGACGAAUUUUGGUCUCAACCGCUUCUUUGCCGCCAGCACGGGAUAUUGAUGGACAAGGGCGACUAUCUGACCGGUCUCUUUAAGCGGUUUAUGGACCGACCCCAAGCCCCGGCAGGCGGCACGGAAGAGUACUACUCCGUCUGUCUUGACAUGCUUCAUUACAAAUGCGCACGGCUGCUGUGUCAGACGCUGCACCAGAAGCCCCAUCAAAGACAGCAAUCGCCUGACAUCGUAGCUCAACACGCUGACUUGGUCUCAACAGCCACUCUCCUGCACCGAAGGCUAGCUGCCAAGCAGCGGCAAACGGACACACCUUCUCGGUCUUUCACUCUCGAUAUUGGCAUCAUUCCGCCUCUCUACUUUAUUCUGGUUGCUUGCCAGGACCCGGCGGUGCAAGAAAAGGCUCUUGGGAUUCUGCGAGACUACCCACAAAGGGAAAAUUUCUGGGACGGCAACUCAGUACGCAACCUACUGAUCACCGUCGGGAAUGUUAGUUACGGACCGGCGCAUCCCUUCAAUGACGUCCCUCAUUCUUUGGCGUUUGGGAAGGGAAUACCCGCUCUCUACGAACAGCUGCAGGAACUGCAUAUCAGGGUUGAAGAGGAUUGAUUGUGAUGGAUGGUUUGGGUUACAAGGGUGAUUUGCUGCAUAGCCUGGGAGACGUUCCCCCAACAAGUUCCAAGCGUCAUUGAAAGACUGUGCAUGGAAAUGGAGGUUGUAUUGUAGGCCUGGGAAUGAAUGUGUUGGGCAGCGAUCGUCAGGUAGGGGUCAAUAAUUAAGAGGGCCCGCCGGAGUCCUAUCCUCGCCCCUUCAGCCUCAGCGUCGAACACCUCUGCUAGACCGAGUCGGCCGCAUCCCUGGGCCACGCGCCUGUUGCUGCGGUAGAUAACAAACCCAUAUCCUGUGGCUCCGUUUGUCGCUUUGGAGCCGUCUGAAAAGACAACCAUGUGGCUGUCUGGUACGGUCUUAAGCCAGGCCUGGAAAGCUUUGGCUGCCUCUUUCUUAGUCUGCAGGACUAUCAGGUCUUGUGAGCCUGGGAGGUACUGCGGUUGGAUGAGUGCUGGUCUCGGGCAUUUUGGUGCAAGGUCUGCAGUCCGUUGGAGCUUCGUCUGCUGCCGCCCUCGUUGGGAUGUUGUUGUUGUUGUAUUUAACGCCAUGGCGGCAAGGGUGGAACCCUUGUCGCAGACCUCCCGAGGGGUAUGUGGCGUGGAGAGCCGUGGGCUAGGACUACGUACUUCAUACAUCGCCCUUUCUUUCGUCCUCCAAAUCCUGCCUGGUGGCUACUAUGCGUUCUAUCUGUCCCUGGUUCCCGCUGGUUCCCCAGAUUCAUUGCUUCCCGUCUAUUCCCUAU